AUGACUCCAGCCAGAGGCUCCCCGCCUUCUACCCCCGAGUCUGCCGGCUCCAGUGCCGUGCCACCACGCGCCGAGACUGCCGGCCGAGUGCGACGCCCCCAUCGCAAGUCCCGACGGGGUUGCAGGCCGUGUAAAUCGAGUCGAAUAAAGUGCGAUGAAAUCCUACCAACAUGUUCAAAUUGCGCUAGGAAGGAGAUCAUAUGCGACUACUUUGAGACUUUUCGCACUUCAGUCAACCAGCCCAAGCAACGCAUCAUGAUCCCACCUCUUCGCCGGAGCUCUCCCGAAGAUGCGCCUCCUCUUCCUGUCCGUCAAAAACCGUGCGAGCGAGAGCUGCCCUCACCAACAACCACAUGUACUCUCUCCGAGGAAACACCGCAUAGCAUCUCCGCGCUUCUCGCCAACUAUUGUCCUGCGCCUGUAUCGGUUAACACCCCCACCGAUCGACUUCUUGAACUUCGUCUCCUUUCCCACUACCAAGAAAUGAUCUCCCGAUCGUCAAAGCCCCAAGACUCCUGGUCCAUCUGGAACCUUGACAUGGCCAUGAAAUCACCACUCGUUAUGGAUUCCCUUCUCGGCUUCACGGCAUUCCAUCUCCGGCGCCUUGGAAACCGUGACUGGGGUGUUCGCGAAGCAUCGCACAGAUACAUGGCGCGGGCCAUUCGUUCCCACAAGGAGGAAUCACGGGUAGGCCUCAGCGAUGCCAAUGCCGCGUCACUGAUUUCGUCUUGCGCCUUCAUUCUGUUUCAUACGAGCACAAACCAGGAGUACCUUCACUCCGUAGCUGGACCUCAGUUACCCUUGCACUGGUUUCGCCCUUGGCAGUCUGCAAAAGGGUUCUUCGGCCUCAUGUGGCCGUGGUUCCAGACCAUUGAAGUUGGCCGGGACAUGGGAUUGCGAUUUGGUUUGCAGUAUUAUGUAUCAAUGGAGAAUGUCUCCGAUAAGUUUGAUUUUUUGCUUCAAGAUAUGGAGCCUGAGUGCAUGUUGGACCAAGAAAUGAUGACAGCCUACCGGCAAGCUGUCUGGCAACUUGCCUGCAUCCAUGGCAACCCGGAGCACCGAAAAGUACUUCGAUUCCCGGCCUUGGUUACGCCGCGAUUCGUCGAGUUGCUAGAAGCCCAGGAUCCGAGAACCCUGGCCAUCGUUGGUUACUUCUUCAUGUUGGUCAAACUCGCCACUGCGCUGUGGUGGGUUGAUGGAGCAGCGGAGCGGGAGUUUGCUGCCGUCAUGGAGUUUCUGCCCAAGGACUGGUGGCCGGUAAUGGAUUGGGCAGUCCGGGUGUUUGGAUCGACUUCGAAUCGAGUAUCAGUGGCUCAAAAGGAGUUGGCUUUCGGCGACAUAUCAGAUACGGAAUACCCAGAUUGGCGAGCCCACCAGAUUUCCCAGGCUAGAUCGUAG